GCUCCAUGAUAUGAAUGGUGACGGCAAGGCUGAUUAUGUCUGGAUACACCCUAAGACUGGAGAGAUUCGAUGUUGGAUCAACAAUCUACCAGAUCACUGGACUCCAGCAGGAGGCAAUAGUAACGGUGUGAUUGGUAGUGGAGUGGGCCCUGCCGAAACCAUCUAUAUCGCUGACAUGAAUGGAGAUGGAAUGGCCGAUUACUUAGUGGUAGACCCUUCUAAAGGGUCUGUCAGAAUCUGGUGGAACUAUGGCCCAGAUGCCGACUGGGAUAAUGGAUGGAAGUUUGUUCCGGGCGGUGAAAUUGCCUCUGGAGUUCCUCACGCCAACCUCAAGACACUGCGCUUUCCAGACAUUAACGGCGAUGGGAGGGCAGAUUACGUCUAUAUCGGCGAGGGCGGUGCCUUGAAGCAUCACAUGAACACAGGUUCGCCUGGAGGACGAGAUGUUGUCUUCCACGCCAAGGGAGGAAUCGCCACUGGCGCUUCCAAGGAUAUUUCCAAGAUCGUCUUUGCUGAUAUGAAUGGAGACGGGCGAGAUGGUGAGGACUUUGCGAAGCCGGACGUGUAG